GAAGGAUUCCCCACCGCUUCGUCUUCCCCUUUCCCCUCCCCUCUCCGCACCACACCACCGCCGUUCGAAUAUUCCAAGCUUGCGAUUGCGAGGGGGACGACUGGAGAGGAGAGCCGAGCACUGAACCCUAAUUGCUUCCGCCGAUUGCUCACAGGUGCAUUUCAAUGCAAUGGCCGCUAUUCGGCUGCGACGGCAAAAUGUUGCCAGCAUUAUUGUGAUUCAGUUUGUGCCGCUGCCGCUGCUAUGUUGCUUCGACGUUCAAUAUCACUAGCAAUUCGUUCUUUUAUAAUCCCUUUUUCUUCCAGCUCUAAGACAGGGGAGGUACGAUGUCUAGUGCAAAUGAGAUGAUCAGGGCAGAAUCGAGGAUGAUGGUGGUCUUUGGUGCCUUUGCAUCAAAACCGGAGCCACUGACAUUUGAAGAAUCCCUCAGAUUUAUCAAGAAAGUGAAGGCUUGUGAUUACAUGUUGUAUUUGUCGCUAUUUGAUAUUCUUGGCAGAACAGAGUUGUCCCAGCUCGAGGCCUACCGAGAGUUACAGCUGCUGUUGCGAAAUCACCCAGAUUUGUGUGAAGAGCUUGAAAAGUUCAGACCACCUGUGCCUACAAAACACGUGACAAACAACAUUUGGCCCUGGGUUAUUGUGUGUGCCGUUCCAUUUGUUGCGGUAAGCCUAAUUCCGGCGCUUGGAAACCCAGUACUGUGGUUCGUUCAACAGACGAUUGGUGAGAAAAUGGCAGCAUGAUCCAACAACCACUGCAGUUUAUAUAAGUGGUUGACCUCCUCAUUUAUUCUAUCAAUAAUGUAACUAAUAUUAUCCUAUGUGUAUAUAUUUAGAGUAGCAUUCUGGAAGGGAACUGGUGCUUGUGGUUACCAAGUUGCACUCGAGAGAAAUUUGGUCACUAUUUGUAGGGGUGCAGGUGCGUCAAACAUUACGAUUUUGAAUUGUGUUGAAGUGCAAAAUCAAGCUUCCUUGGAA